GCAAGCCUCCUUCCGCUUCGGCUGCUUCGCCUCGACUUGAUCCCCGCGCGCGCGUCCGCCACCGGGCCCCCAUGCCGGACGGCGGCCCGCGCCCGUGGCAGGAGGACGUGGAGCCGAGGAUGCGCUCCCGCGUGCGUGAGAAGAUAGUCGGCAAUUUGGCCCAAGUAUAUGAGGGACAGCUUGGCCCUUCCCAGGAGCUCAACAGGCUUGCUGCAUCAUUUGAGCAGAAGACAUUCACUCUGGCCCACAGUAAGGAUGACUAUAUUAGGAGAAUAUCUCUUAAGUUGGUCGAUCUGGAGAGAAAACAGCAACCAGUGCUGCGGGCUGCUUCAGGCCUUCAGAAACAGAUACAAAUGGGAUGCCAUGAGCAGCCGGUUAAUGCCGUUCAAGCAAUCCAUGGAGGUAAUUCUUCAAUUACUGCAAUGCCGCAGGUGGCAUCAAUGAUGUCUAGUCCUGGAAGGGGAUCUUCUCAGCUUCAAAGCCUGCCUAUGACACCUCCAGGUUCAAGUCUGAUGCCAAACCAGCACAUGGCUUAUCCUUUUGCACCAAACGUGCACAUCGAAGUUAAGCAAGAACAGCCAGAGGUUAUAGCAAAGCAGAACCAGAUUCUUAGCUCUCCGCCUACAUCAGUCACUCUAUUGGCACCAUGUGUCCAGCACAGUCAGCGGAUGAUUCAAUCAGUAGCAACUCAGAACCAAAAGCAACUCCCGGCCAUGCAAAUGCAUUCCACAAUCUUUUCAGGUUGCAACCCGACCAGCGUUGCACAGCCACAAGGACAGACAGUUGUUCAACCAAAUGGGCAAUAUAAUCACCUCCUCAGGCCAAAUGACAGAGGAACUGAUACCCUGCCGCAGCAGCAGAUGAUGAUGAAUCAGCAAGGUUUGUUGGGGGUCAACCAAGACCAGAUGGACAUGCAAAGGUACCAUAUGCUGUUAGCACAACAGGCUACUGUCGCCAAGAUGAUGACUGGUCAUCCUAGAGGACAUAAUGAUCAACAGAAUGCUGGGCUGACUGUUGCAUUACAGUCUCCGUUGAAUAUGUAUAAACAGGAAGCACUCAAAAAACAGAUUAAAAUGGAACCUCAACAUAUGGCACUACCACAUCAACUGAUUACUGUGAGUCAGCAGAGUGGUUCGCCCUGUGCGAUCCCUCAAACUUUAGCAAUGAUGGGAAGUGCUAGAGAAGUUGAUUGGAGGGAGGAAAUGUUCCAGCAGAUCAAGCCACUAAAGGAUGCUUACCUCUCGGAGCUUGUAGAACUUGAUCGCAUGGUUGUUGUUCCAAAAAUUACAAAGAAACAGUUCGACUCAUUAUCCAAAGACAAAGCUGAACAAUACAGAUAUAGAGCAAAUUUGAAGAAGAAGACUGAAGUUAUGCUGAACUUCUUACAGUUUCAGAAAAGCAACAUCACCGAGAACUUGACGGGGCAAAUCCCAAUGUUUGUAAAGACCAUACAGGAUUUGGUAGGUUUAUACAGGAAAAGUAAAAGUCGAAAAGCAGAGGUGGAUAGAGGACGUCAGUCUCAGAUUUCUCUUGAGCAGCCUCAAAUCAUCAAUCUUACUAGCAAUCAAGUCCCAUCCAGUGGCGGUACAAGUAGCCAGCAAAAGCAGCAGCAACCUGUAGAUUCACUGUUGAGGCAAAAUGUUUUCAUUAGAACACCAGCAGCUCCCCAACAAAACCAUAGCAACCUCUUGCUAGGAGUAGAAAAUUCUUGUUUCCCAGAGAAAUCACCCGGAUCAUUGCAGUCUUUCCCAACCAAUAAGCUUCAGGAGUUCUGCACGCCGUCGCCUGUUACCGAGUUAGGUGCUGUAGAAGUUUCUUCACCCUCUGCUUCAGUGAAGUCCAUAUCCCCAUCACCUGUUGCCAAGUUGAGCGCUGUAAAAGUUGCCUCACCCUCUGCUUCAGUGAAGUCCACAUCCCCAUCACCCGUUGCCAAGUCGAGCACUGUAAAAGUUGCCUCACCCUCUUCUUCGAUGAAGUUCACAUCCCCGUCACCCAUUGCCAAGCAAGGGGCAGUAAAAGUUGCCUCACCCUCUACUUCGGUGAAGUCCACAUUGCCAUCGCCCGUUGCCAAGCCAGGUGUUUUAAAAGUUGCUUCAUCCUCUGCUUCGGUGAAAUCCACAUUCCCAUCACCCUUUGCCAAUUCUGAUGUUACACAAGCUGCUUCACCACAUGCUUCCGUGAAGUCAACGUUGCCAUCACCCUUUACCAAUUCAGGGGUUGUUCCAGUUGCUUCACCCUGUACUUCGGUGAAGUCCACAUCAUCAGAGAGCGUUGAAAGCAUUUCUUCCUUGGUACAAAACAAUGUAGCAGCAGCAGCAGCAGAAACAACAGCAAGAAAUGUUUCUAAACAGGUCAUUCCCACUAAACCGAUCAUGCUAGCCUCACUACUUCAGUCAGAGACAGCAGAUUGCCAAGGAGAGGAUCAGGAGCAUGGCGGAGAUGAAACACCGGUGGCCAAGAAGCCCAUCGAUCGCCUAGUUGAUGCAGUGCGGUCUUCAUCAUUGGCAGUGCUUUGCAGCUCAGCUAAUUCUAUUUGCUUGGUCCUCAGCAUAAACGAUCGGGUACCACAUAAGGAAAUUGGUGCAUUUCAUGAUUGGGCAUUCUUGGGACAGCAGGGUGGAUCUAGCCCUGUGAACAAAAUGAAGCGCAUUUUCGAAAGUACAUCAACGUGUCCUGAAUCACCACCACUGGGCAGCAUGGAUGGAAGCUGCGUGACAUUAUUUGAUUGCAAUGCCUCGGAGGUUGAAUCCAAUACGGAACGCGGUGCUAAGAGGCAGAAAACACAGAAUGCUAAAGAUGCUCUGAUAGAUGAGAUAAACUCUGCCAACAGCAUGCUGAUCGAUACUGCUAUCAGCAUUACAGAUGACAACAGAACUGGAGGGACACUGAUCAAGCUCUCCUACACUGCCACGUCAGUCGCGCCAGAACUGAAAUCACUCUUUGCAGUACCCGGAAUGUCUAUUGUCAUGCCCGUGAAGCUAUUGGUCCCCACGGAUUACCCUAGGAGCUCUCCUGUGCUUGUCGAUGACCAGGGGGAUGAGCAACUAAGGAAGAGGUUCAGUGACAUUUCAAGCGAGGCUGACGUGGCGUUCCGGCACACCCUCCGCACGCUCCUGGAGCCCAGGUCGAUCGGGGAGAUGGCAAGAGCGUGGGACGCCUGCGUGCGGAGGGCCGUCAUAGAGUUUGCGCGACAGCGCGGCGGAGGGACGUUCAGCUCGAGGUACGGCCGGUGGGAGAGGUGCAGCGGCGCCUGAGAAAUGGAGACAGCGUGUGUUUGUGCCGCUUGUUCGUCGUCUUACAGAAAGCAUAGCGUAGCAUGUUGGUGAAUGGAAAAUGUGAAUACAGGAACUAGUGUAGGAGAAGCAUGCCUGAAUGCUCUGGUGAAUCCAUACUCAUAUACAGGAACUAGCCGGGGAGAAGCAGAACUACCGGCCCCUUUAAAUGGAACCAAAAAUAGGACUCUACAUA